AUGGCGGAGGAGAAGGAGAAGGGAGCCAGGGUCCGGUGCCGUCCAGGCCCUCUGCCUGCCCGGCCCGAUGGCGGCGGUGAUGACGGGGAGGAGGCAGGGGGACCAUCAGCCGGUCACACUGGCGGAUCCAGCGUGCGAACCUUCACUCCGUUUUAUUUCACUGUGGAGCCAGUGGACACUUUGUCAGUCAGAGCGUCUUCGGUUAUCCUGAACUGUUCGGCUUAUUGUGAGUCAUCUCCCAAAAUUGAAUGGAAAAAGGAUGGGACUUACUUGAACUUGGUGUCAGAUGACCGGCGGCAGCUGCUACCAGAUGGAUCUCUGUUAAUUAACAGUGUGGUGCAUUCCAAGCACAACAAGCCGGAUGAAGGGUAUUACCAGUGCGUGGCAACAGUUGAAAGCCUUGGGACCAUAGUGAGCCGAACCGCCAAGCUCACGGUAGCAGGGCUUCCAAGGUUUACUGCUCAGCCGGAGUCACAGUCCGUCUACAGAGGAAACGGCGUUCUUCUGAACUGUGAAGUCAAUGCUGAUUUGGCCCCCUUUGUGAGGUGGGAGCUGGACCAUCAGCCCCUCUCUCUGGAUGGCCGUGUAUUCAGAUUGCCAAGUGGGGCCUUAAUUAUCAGCAAUGCCACAGACGAGGAUGGCGGCACCUAUUGCUGUGUGAUCGAAAUUGGUGGCUCCCCCAAAUACAGUGAGGAAGCCGUGAUUAAAGUUCUUCCAGAAUCGGAAACUGCCUCGGAUCUGGUGUUCCUGCGGCAGCCCUCCUCCCUGACCAAGGUGGCUGGGCAGAGUGCGGUCCUGCCCUGCGUCGCCACUGGCGUUCCCGUGCCUGUUGUCAGAUGGACGAGAAACGAAGAAGAGCUCGUUACAGAGAACUCUCAAAAAUUUUUACUUCUGGCUGGGGGGACGCUGAAGAUAAAUGAUAUCAAAGAAGACGAUGCUGGGACAUUCACCUGCAUCGCCGACAACGGGAAUGAAACAAUUGAAGCCCAGGCUGAUCUUACUGUACAGGUGCCUCCUGAGUUUCUGAAGCAACCGGCUAAUAUCUAUGCCCAUGAAUCCAUGGAUAUCGUGUUUGAAUGUGAUGUGACUGGUAGGCCAACGCCAACCGUGAAGUGGGUGAAGAAUGGCGAUGUGGUGAUCCCAAGUGACUACUUUAAAAUCGUGAAUGAGCAUAAUCUACAGGUUUUGGGUCUGGUGAAAUCAGAUGAAGGAUUUUAUCAAUGCAUUGCAGAAAAUGACGUGGGGAACAUUCAGGCAGGAGCCCAGCUGGUAAUACUAGAUCAUGCGCCAGCGCCGACUGGACCCCUUCCUUCUGCCCCGCGAGAUGUCGUGGCUUCCCUGGUCUCCACCCGCUUCAUCAAGCUGACCUGGAGGGCACCUGCGUCUGAUCCACAUGGAGAUAAUCUCACCUACUCCGUGUUUUACACCAAGGAAGCUGUAAACAGGGAGCGUGUGGAGAACACAAGCCACCCGGGGGAGAUGCAAGUGACCAUCCAGAACCUGAUGCCGGAGACGGUUUACGUCUUCAGAGUGGUCGCUCACAACAAACAAGGGCCGGGAGAAAGCUCAGUGCCACUCAAGGUGGCGACGCAGCCAGAAGUCCAGCUUCCUGGCCCAGCCCCCAAUAUCCGGGCCUAUGCCAUCUCCCCAACAUCAGUCGCUGUCAGCUGGGAAACACCGUUAUCUGGCAAUGGAGAAAUCCAGAACUACAAGUUAUACUAUAUGGAGAAGGGGACAGAAAAUGAGCAGGAUGUUGAAGUUGGCGGACUUUCAUACACAGUCCCUGGUUUGAAAAAAUACACAGAAUACAGUUUUCGAGUUGUGGCCUACAAUAAACACGGUCCAGGCGUUUCUACACAGGAUGUCGUUGUCCGAACCCUGUCAGAUGUUCCUAGUGCUCCACCACAGAACCUAACCCUAGAAGUGCAAAACUCCAAGAGCAUUGCGAUGCACUGGCAGCCGCCCCCGGCAGGGACGCACAACGGGAAAAUCACGGGCUAUAAGAUCCGCUACCGGAAAGUGACGCGCAAGAGCGACGUGGCGGAGAGCAUCGUGGGGACGCAGCUCUCCCAGCUAAUCGAAGGGCUGGAACGAGGCACAGAAUACAGCUUCCGGGUGGCUGCCUUAACCGUCAACGGCACAGGGUUGUCUACGGACUGGAUAUCAGCAGAAACGUUUGAAAGUGACCUGGAUGAAUCCCGGGUUCCAGAAGUUCCAAGCUCCCUGCACGUGCGUCCCCUUGUCACAAGUAUAGUUGUGAGCUGGACCCCUCCGGAGAACCAGAACAUUGUGGUCAGAGGCUAUGCCAUUGGCUAUGGCGUUGGGAGCCCCCAUGCCCAGACCAUCAAAGUGGAUUACAAGCAGCGAUACUACACUAUUGAGAACUUGGAUCCCAGCUCUCAUUAUGUCAUAACUUUGAAAGCAUACAACAACGUUGGGGAAGGGAUCCCCCUGUACGAGAGCGCUGUUACCCGGGCCUACACAGUGCCAGAUCCCUCCCCUAUGAUGCCACCGGUGGGAGUUCAGGCUUCCAUACUGAGCCAUGACACCAUACGAAUUACCUGGGCAGACAACUCUCUGCCGAAGAACCAGAAGGUCUCCGAUGCACGCUACUACACGGUCCGCUGGAAAACCAACAUCCCGGCAAACACAAAGUACAAGACGGCAAAUACAACCACCUUAAGCUUCCUAGUGAGUGGCUUAAAACCAAACACUUUGUACGAGUUCUCUGUGAUGGUGACCAAAGGGCGGAGAUCGAGUACCUGGAGUAUGACGGCACAUGGAACUACCUUUGAGCUAGUUCCAACUUCUCCUCCAAAGGACGUAACAGUGGUGAGCAAAGAAGGAAAGCCCCGAACCAUCAUAGUCAACUGGCAGCCUCCGUCUGAAGCCAAUGGCAAAAUUACAGGGUACAUCAUUUACUACAGCACAGACGUCAAUGCGGAAAUACACGACUGGGUCAUUGAGCCAGUGGUGGGAAACCGGCUGACGCACCAGAUACAAGAGCUCACUCUCGACACCGCCUAUUAUUUCAAGAUCCAGGCCCGCAACUCCAAAGGCAUGGGCCCCAUGUCCGAGGCCGUGCAGUUCAGAACGCCCAAAGCUCUGGGGUCUGCAGGAAAAGGAAAUCGGCCGUUGGAUGUCGGAACAGACUAUAAAACGCCCAUGAGUGGAAGUAACAGCCCUCAUGGAAGCCCUUCCCCCCUGGAAUACAAUAUGCUUCUGGUCAUAAUCGUGUCUGUGGGAGUGAUCACGAUCGUGGUGGUGGUGAUAGUCGCGGUCUUCUGCACUCGGCGCACCACCUCUCACCAGAAGAAGAAGCGGGCUGCUUGCAAGUCUGUGAACGGGUCCCAUAAGUACAAAGGGAAUUCCAAGGAUGUCAAGCCCCCCGACCUGUGGAUUCAUCACGAGAGGCUGGAGCUCAAGCCCAUUGAUAAAUCUCCGGACCCCAAUCCAAUCAUGACGGACACACCAAUCCCCCGUAAUUCGCAGGACAUCACGCCUGUGGACAAUUCCAUGGACAGCAACAUCCACCAGAGACGGAACUCGUACCGAGGGCACGAGUCAGAGGAUAGCAUGUCCACACUUGCAGGGAGACGGGGAAUGAGACCCAAAAUGAUGAUGCCCUUUGAUUCUCAACCGCCUCAGCCUGUGAUUAGUGCUCAUCCCAUCCAUUCCCUUGAUAACCCCCACCAUCAUUUCCACUCCGGCAGCCUCGCUUCUCCAACCUGCAGCCAUCUCCAUCACCAGGCCAGCCCUAGGCCAGUGGGCUCAUCCGUGUCCCAUUCAGACAGGGCUAAUUCCACAGAAUCUGUUCGGAAUACGCCCAGCACAGAUACCAUGCCAGCCUCUUCAUCUCAGACAUGCUGUGCUGAGCACCAGGAGUCGGAAGGUGCCACCGGAUCUUAUCUCCCAAGUACUCAGGAGGAGGAGGCUGGCCAAAACCUCCCCACGGCUCACGUCCGUCCCUCUCACCCUCUGAAGAGCUUUGCUGUGCCAGCGAUCCCGCCCGCCGGGGCAGCCUACGACCCUGCCUUGCCAAGCACACCCUUGUUAUCCCAGCAGACUUCUAGCCUUCCGGUCCAUUCAGUCAAGACCGCGUCCAUUGGCACUUUGGGGAGAACUCGGCCCCCAAUGCCCGUCGUGGUACCAAGUGCCCCUGAAGUGCAGGAAACGACGCGGAUGCUCGAAGACACAGAAAGCAAUUAUGAGCCGGAUGAGCUGACCAAAGAGAUGGCCCACCUGGAAGGACUAAUGAAGGACCUUAAUGCCAUCACGACUGCAUGACCGCCUUCCCCAAGGAGCGGCUCCAGAGCCCGUCUCGUGGGCCUUGGGACUCGGCCUUGGCGCACAAGGAAAUGUACAAAGACUGGGCACAGCACAAGGGGCCGCGCGCCCGGCUCGCAGCGCCAGCGCCGGCCAGUCAAGGGACUCUUCUGCUCGUUGCCCCAACGUGACCCCGUUGGCAAGUUGGAUUCCCCUUCCUGCUGGGACGACACACGAACAGGGGAAAGGGAGAGGCAUCAGGCUGAAAUCCAGUAUCCAGAGAAAGAAGUGGACUUAGCAUUAAUUUGGGUCAGGUUUUGUCUCGGUGCUGUGACCUUCCCUGCUUUUUCAGUGUUGGACAUUCACAUUUAUGUACAAUUUUAUUUGUGUGUUUUUAUUUUAUUGUAUCUUUUUUAUUAAACAAAAGUGUAAUCC